AUGACGUGCGCCGCCUGUGUCAGCCAUGUCUCUGACGCGCUUUUGUCCGUGGAUGGCGUUGAGGAUGUUGCCGUAAACCUCGCGACCGAGAAGGCGACACUAUCGCUCGGCGAAUCUAAUAGACAGUCAGAUAGCCCGGUCGAUCUGGGCAUCCUGAGUGACGCACUUAAGGACGCUGGAUACGGGGUGGGCACCCGGAAGGUGACUCUUGGCAUAGAUGGGAUGACGUGCGCGGCUUGUGUUUCGCAUGUCGAAAAUGCCCUGACCGGCGUGCAGGGCGUGGAGUCGGCAUCCGUCAACCUCGCCACUGAGCGCGCAACUGUUGAAUAUGUCCAGGGCGUGACAGGAAUCGCGGACCUCCGACAUGCCGUUGAGGAUUCUGGCUACUCCGCCACUGCCCUUGUCGGCGACGAAAUGGACGAGGACUCGGCUCACCGGCGUCUGGGGCUGCUGAAGGUCAAGUUCGCUUUCAGUCUGGCUUCUGCCGCCGUCAUCAUGGUGCUCAUGGCGAUGCCGACCGCGCACACUCUCCUCCCGUUCAGAAUGGAGUUCGUGCUUCUCGCUCUGGCGACCCCGGUGCAGCUCUGGGCCGGUUUGGGGUUUUACACGUCGGCGUGGAGCGCGGCGCGGCACUUCACGUCGAACAUGAACACACUUAUCGCGGUUGGUACCUCAGUCGCUUAUGUGUUCAGCGUAGCUGUAACCCUCUUUGGGGAAUCGUCGUUCUUUGACGGCCGUGACGUAGAUACCUAUUUCGACACUUCCACGGCGAUCAUAGGCAUCGUCCUCCUGGGCAGAUUUAUGGAGGCGAGGGCGAAACGCCGUGCCUCGAAUGCAAUCCAGGCUCUCAUGGGACUCCAGCCCAAGACCGCGCGGAUCAUCAGGGACGACCAGCAUGUCGAUGUGUCGAUCGACGACAUAGUCGUCGGUGAUCGGAUCAUUGUCCGGCCGGGGGAGAGAGUCCCGGUGGACGGCGUUGUCGAGUCCGGCACGUCCUCUGUGGAUGAGUCGAUGCUCACCGGCGAGAGCGCCCCUGUGUCGAAGCACCCCGGGGAUGACGUUUACGGCGCGACGGUUAACGGACGGGGAGGGCUGGUCUUCACGGCGACUCGGGUCGGACGCGAUACCAUGCUCUCCAGCAUAGUCAGGCUCGUCGAGGAGGCGCAGGGUUCCAAGGCGCCCAUUCAGCGACUGGCCGACCUUAUUUCGGCAUACUCGUGCCUGCCGUUAUAG